UAUAGGGAGACGAACUGCGCUGACUAGAUCGUGGCGCUCCGUAGACAGCGGGCGAGGGUCCUCCCGGAGUGCCCUCACAGAUUCAGAGGCCCCGUCUGAAGACCCCAACUACAAGGUGGUCAUGACUGGGGACACGUGGAAGGUAUUACGAGAGCACUACCCGCAGCAGGUCGCGCGAGUGAUCGAGCGCGGCGCCGUAUUCGCGCGCAUGUCUUCCGACCAGAAGCAACAGCUAGUAACCGAGUACCAGGCCUUAGGGUACUAUGUUGGCAUGUGCGGCGACGGCGCGAACGACUGCGGAGCCCUACGCGCCGCGCAUACCGGCAUCUCGCUCUCCGAGCUAGAGGCCAGCGUAGCGGCACCCUUCACUUCCGCAGACCCCGACAUAGUGUGCGUAGCACGAGUUCUGCGCGAGGGCCGAGCCGCGCUCACCACCAGCUUCGGCGUCUUCAAAUUCAUGGUAGCGUACUCUUUGACUGAAUUCUUUUCCGUCGCGUUCCUUUAUUAUUUCGACUCGAAUUUAACCGACUUCCAAUUCCUGUACAUAGAUGUCGCUAUGGUUGUGAAUUUCGCUUUCUUCUUCGGCAUGACUGAGGCUUAUAGGGGUAAACUUUGUAAAAUACCACCUUUGACAUCCCUGCUUGGAUUAGUACCGUUAGUAUCUUUAAUCGGACAGAUGAUUCUAAUUGGGGUAGCGCAGUAUUUCAGUUAUUUCGCUUUGACGUUUUUCCCGUGGUACGAGAGACAUUUAUAUGAAGGUGACGAGGCUAAUGAAUGCUGGGAGAAUUACGCCAUUUUUACAGUAUCAAUGUUCCAGUAUAUUGUUAUGCCUAUAGUGUUUUCACACGGCGCGCCGUAUAGAAGAUCUGUCGUCACUAAUAAAUAUCUUAUGAUCAGUCUGAUUAUAAUGACCGCUAUAUCGAUUUAUAUAACUAUCGCGCCUGCAAAAUUCUUAGCAGAGUUUUUACAGUUAAAAAUGCCUAAAGAUAUCUUACUAAGUUAUAUAGUUUUAGCUGUAGCCGCGUUCCAUUUUGUGAUCGCGGUGUUUUUCGAAAGAGUAAUUGUACAGUAUCUUAUGGAAAGGAAAGAGAUGGUCCCGAAAUGUUUGAAGGAGAGAAGAGUUAGGAAGACUCCACAUCUUAUGAUUAAAAGGGAAUUGACAGAUUUUGACUAUUUAGAAUGUGGUAGUGAGGUAAAAUUUGUUAGAGAGGGGAACUCGGACAAAUGAGGCUAAACUUAGUUAUACAAGAUGUAACCAAUCGUACAAAAAUAUUUCUUUGAUGGCUUAGCCA